AAAAAAAAUAACAAAUGUAAAAUUUAAAGUUGGAACCACAAUCGACAUUUGGCGACUCCUCGAAGAUGCCGACGGCAGAAACACCUCCCUCCACCGCCGCUGCAUCCACACCGACACGUCGGCGGCGCCGGACCCGACCGACUCUCAGUCCCGAGGCCACUUCGAUUUCCGUAUCCAUCGAAGAUCCAAACGACGGCGACAAGGACGAGAACAGUGACGAAGAUAAAGGCAUCGAGAAUCUACCACCCAUUUCAACUGUCGUGCUGACUCCACUUCCAGAAGAUCAACAACCACCCAAACGCGACAUCGCUCCGUCUCCUCCCGCACUCGUGCGAGCCGUCGGAUUCCCAGUCGCAAAUGCUCGCAGAACUGGGCUGCAAGCUAAAGAGAGAGCGCCGCUACGAAUCAGUGGUUCGGUUCCGUCCCUACUGUUGGCACGUCGACCAAGUGGGAGACGAUGGCGGGCUCAUGCUCCUGACUACGACGAAGACGUGGCACGGGUUCAUUUAUUUAAACCUCCACUACCUCCCACCCACACGGAUAAACGACGUGUGGCAGUAUACUAUACGUGUGAGCGGAUCGCGCUGUUUACGUUGCAAAAGUGGAUGGAAAAGAGUGCAAAAGAAAGUCGUCGAGCUGAAGUUACAGAAUCAAAGAAGGCAGCGACAUCUGCUGGACUUGGACUUGGCAAUUGGAAGAAUAAAAUGUAUCUGGAAGUGUUGCAUUCGAGCUUGACGCCAGAACAGCCCUUUGAGGCUACAGGUGAUGGAGACUUGUUUACAGCGCUACGAACAGCAGCUCUACGAGAGAAACACGCGUUUUACUUUGAGACGGGCUGCUGUGUGUUCUGGGGUCUUACAAGAGAGGAAGAAGCCCAGCACCUGAUGAUGCUGCUACCGUUUUCUUCCGGUAUGAUGGAUCAAGUCGAUGCGCAAGAUAUGGAGUUUAGCUACGGUGACCGAUCAAGUAUCGCGAAGGAUUCCAUCGUAUUGUGCUCACAGACUGUGGCCGAGAAGAUCGCUCUUUCUUUUGCUAUGUCCCAGUCAGCAACGCUGGGUGCGUUUGAGACUAGAGUAGAAGACCGUAUCCGCUCCACGAAGCAUAUCCCAUCCAGUCUUGCGUCGGUAGGGUCGAUCCAGUAUUCUCAGAACGACACGUCGAAGCUCAUCGGGCAGCUCUUCAUCGAGCUAGCAGAUGUCAACAUCCAUUCGAAUGUUCUAGACGAACCCGAGUACUUUGUCAAGUCGCAGGAUAAUGAUGAUUUCAAGUAUUUAUACGAGAAAAUGCUCAAGUAUCAGGAUGUAGCCAGCCGUGUGGCUAUCCUGAACAAGCGUCUCAGCAUCCUGCGCGACUUGUACGCUCGGCAAUCUUUUUUUUUCUGCCUUGUCUGGUCUAACGUUUUCACCUUUUUUUUCAGAGUGGGUGUGCUGAACCAGCAAUUAACACAUCACCAAGGAGCGAAACUCGAGUGGAUCAUUAUCUGGAUGCUUGUGUUCCAAGUUAUAAUCGCCAUUGGAUGGGAAAUCAUCCUCAAGGACAUUUUAGGAUACUUCCAUUGGGGAUAAAAAGAGCGGAAGCUAUGCGAGUUGAGAAAUACCUGGAUUAAAGAGUUAAACUUAAAGGCUCUAAAUAAUUAUCCUGAGUUUUUAUUAUUAGGGC